AUGGCCGACGCUCUCGCAACGCAGCUGAAUACCACAAGUCUGGAAGAUGCAAGUUCAGAUCCGAAAUGGAAGGACCAACUGAAACUACCAGCAAAGGAUGGCAGACCGCAAACAGAGGAUGUGACCGCUACCAAGGGCCUAGAGUUCGAAGACUUUUACAUCAAACGCGAACUUAUGAUGGGCAUUUUCGAGGCUGGAUUCGAAAAACCUUCGCCUAUUCAAGAAGAAACUAUUCCAGUAGCCCUUACUGGGAGAGAUAUUCUGGCCAGGGCAAAAAAUGGGACAGGAAAGACUGCCGCCUUCGUCAUCCCUACACUUGAACGCAUCAAUCCUAAAAGCACGAAAACACAGGCCCUUAUUCUUGUUCCAACACGAGAGCUUGCACUUCAAACAUCGCACGUCUGCAAAACUCUCGGGAAACAUCUCGGAAUCAACGUCAUGGUAACUACUGGAGGCACUGGUUUGAUGGAUGAUAUCAUCAGAUUAAACGAUGCCGUCCACAUUCUCGUGGGGACACCAGGAAGAGUGCUAGAUCUUGCAAGCAAGGGCGUCGCUGACCUGUCUGAAUGCCCUACAUUCGUUAUGGAUGAGGCUGACAAAUUGCUUUCUCCUGAAUUUACACCUGUGAUUGAGCAGCUCCUCUCAUUUCACCCCAAAGACCGGCAAGUCAUGCUCUUCAGUGCCACAUUUCCAAUGAUUGUCAAGUCUUUCAAAGAUAGGCACAUGCGCAACCCUUACGAGAUCAACUUAAUGGACGAGCUCACUCUUCGCGGUAUCACUCAAUACUAUGCAUUUGUGGAAGAGAAGCAGAAGGUUCACUGUCUCAAUACGCUUUUUUCCAAGCUGCAGAUCAACCAGUCCAUCAUUUUCUGCAAUUCGACUAACAGAGUGGAACUACUCGCAAAGAAAAUAACUGAAUUGGGCUAUUCAUGCUUCUAUUCACAUGCUCGCAUGCUCCAGCAACAUCGGAAUCGAGUUUUCCACGAUUUCAGAAAUGGUGUCUGCCGCAAUUUAGUAUGCUCGGAUCUGUUGACACGUGGAAUUGACAUUCAAGCUGUCAAUGUGGUCAUCAAUUUUGAUUUCCCUAAAAACGCCGAGACCUAUCUCCACCGCAUUGGCCGCUCCGGUCGUUUUGGACAUUUGGGCUUGGCAAUCAACCUUAUCAACUGGGAUGAUCGCUUCAACCUAUAUAAAAUUGAGCAAGAGUUAGGGACUGAAAUACAGCCAAUCCCACAGAACAUCGACAAGAAGCUCUAUGUAUAUGAGUCUCCGGACACAAUUCCCCGGCCAAUCUCGAAUCCCCACCCUCAAACCCAAGGAGCCACCGCAACAACAAACGCAAACACCGGUGACCGUCGCCAUCAUCACCACCCUAACGGUGGACAUUAUCAACCCAGGGGAAGAGGCUCGUACCGCGGGGGCCGUGGACAAGGUCCACGUCGCAACUUGCAAAAUGAAGUGGCUAGGUUCAACCCUUCGCAGGGGCAUCCUACCGGAAAAUCACAGGCCCCAGCGCAAGUUUCCUAG